AUGGGUACCUUCUUUUCAUGGAAUUGUCGCGGCAUACGUUCCAAACUUUCAGACAUCAAGACAAUUUUAAACAAAUUUCAUCCAAUUUGUUUAGGUAUUCAAGAAACCUUCUUAACACCCAGUAUUCCAAUAAAAUUGCGCGGUUAUAAUUGUACCAGGAAAGAUACAGACACAGGAUCUCGGAGUUCUGGUGGUGUCUGUCUCUUAACCUCAAAUCUAUAUCCAAGCACACCUCUUACUUUGCAUACACCUCUACAGGCUGUGGCAGUGCAAGUUCACACACGAACAUUAGUCACAGUCUGUAGUAUAUAUUUACCGCCUCAUGAUGUCAUUAAUCAACAACAUCUUGACAAUUUAGUGGACCAGCUUCCUAGACCACUUAUUAUACUAGGCGAUUUCAACGAGCAUAGUGUUUGGUGGGGUUCAGAAAGUACUAAUUCUCGUGGGCGACAAAUCGAGAAAUUUAUUUCUAAUAACUGUCUCUGUAUCCUUAAUAAUGACGAGAAGACGUACUUCCAUGAACCCACCCAUAGAUUCCAUAGUGUUGAUUUGGCCAUAUGUUCUCCUGAGCUCAUGCCAUUGCUGAAUUUUGCUCGAGCAGACUGGGAUGCUUUCUCUCAUUUGGCAGAAAUCACUGAGAUCAUGGUCAAUACUAACGAUAUCACGGACGCUGUGCAAAGGUACCCUACGAUAGAAAAUCUUGUGGCUUUUAAGAAAGCCAAAGCCUUAGCUCGACGCAUUCGCAGACGUAGUCAGAGGGAAUCUUGGAUCAAGUUUGUGUCUUCGAUCACAUCCUCAACUUCCACCAAACUGUUGUGGAAAAAGGUAAAAGCUGCAAAUGGGAUUUAUAGUGAAACUUCCAUUCCUGUUUUAAAAACAGGAAACUUAGUGCAUUCCUCCCCAUUAGAAGUAGCUAAUAUUCUUGGUCAUGCUUUCGCACAAGUUUCCGCAAUUGAUUCCUAUAGUUCUGAAUUUCUGGAAAUUAAGAAUCUUGCGGAGCGACUGACUUUGCAUUUUAAUGACCGAAAUACUUUAACAUACAACUCUGAAUUCAGGAUGUUUGAAUUGAAAACGGCUCUGUCUCAAGCCGGAGACACAAGCCCGGGGCCAGAUGGAAUAACUUAUAGCAUGCUUCGCCAUUUAAAUGAAACCUCCUUAUCUAAUUUGUUGUUACUUUUUAACAGAAUUUGGACUGAACAUAAAUACCCUAAACAAUGGAGCGAAGCUACUGUAAUUCCAAUUCUAAAACCUGGAAAAGAUCCAUUAAACCCUCUGAACUAUAGACCUAUUGCCCUUACCAACUGUGUUUGCAAGACCUUUGAACGCAUGGUCAAUGCUCUGUUUACAGAUGACUCAAAAUCAGAUGGAUAUGUUGGUUGUGCCAUUGUAACUCCAUCUAAUACACUCAGCUAUCGGCUAAACAACGUUUGUUCUGUUUUUACUGCUGAGUUGGUUGCAAUAUCUCACGCACUACAGGAAAUUUCACUCUCUACUCAGCGUAGUGUUAUCAUAUAUACCGACAGUAUGAGUGCUUUGGAAACACUUUCUCAUUUCCGCAACCAUAUGCAUCCAGUCGCUUUUGAAAAUUUGUUUAACCUGCGGAUACUGAAAAGCAGGGGCUUUAAUAUUCUUCUCUGCUGGGUUCCGAGUCACGUGGGUAUUUCGGGCAAUGAAAAAGCUGAUGUUGCAGCUAAAUCUGCAUCAACAUCUCUGUCUCUGGCCCUCCCAUAUUGUGACGUCAAAAAGUUAUUUAUUUAUCAACUCUUUAAAACUUGGCAAAAAUCAUGGGAUCUGCAGAUCCAGAACAAACUACAUUUAAUAAAACCCACGAUUGGUUUGUGGCCAGUUUUACCUAUACGAGAGAAUGAUGUUAAAUUGACUCGCCUCCGUAUAGGACAUACUCGCUAUACUCAUCGUCGGUGA